AUGAGUUUCUUUACAAAUCGAAAUGGCUUGAGGUUAUCAUAAUUUAAAAUGACAUGGCGAGCAAGCCACCUCAGAGGGAAUUGUCCAAAAUUUGGAAAUGGGUCUCCCAGAAGAGCCAGUGGUAUAAUUCCUGGCCAAUCGGGACUAUACCUAGCAUGAAAUCAGGAGUUACAUCCUGAGCUUACCUAUCUGCCUGCCAAGUAGCGUGUGUAUGCUCUUCUCCAGCAGAGCGACCUAUAACAAACUGACUAGCAAGUGAAGAAAACAUUAUAGGUGUAGAUACUCAAUUAGAAUCACAUCUGACUCCUCAAUAAUUAUUAAUAAAUUAAUUGAGGCUAUCGUACAACUUUUCAAUAAAAAAUCCCCAAGAUAACAAAAUCUACAUCGUCUGCCAAUGGUUUCUCUCAGAUAUUUUAUUUAGUUACGAAUUUCUCUGCGACUUACUAGAAGUCAAUACCUUUAGAUUUGAUCUUACAGGCAGCGGAAACAGCGAAGGCGAAAAUACCUAUGCAGGCUACGUAAGAGAUGCAGAAGACAUUGACGAUGCUGUUAAAUUUGUAGUUUCACAAGGCUACGAAGUAGAAGGAAUUAUAGGUCAUUCUAAAGCCUCCAGUGGCGUAAUUAUUUAUUCUGCCUUGUAUGGGGAGGUUAAAAACAUCAUAGUAUUGGCUCCUCGAUUUUUAGCCUGCAAUAUUCCAGACUUUAUUGCCGACAGCAUUGAAGAAGUCCAUAAGAAUGGCUACAUCUUGCAUACUGCUUUUGGAAAAACCUGGAGAAUUACGGAAGAAAUGAUCCAGGAAAUGAUGGGUCUUGAUUUAAGGUUUUAUUGCCAAAGAGUGCAAGGGAAUAUUUAUAUUAUUCAUGGAGAAGCUGAUGACAAAGUGCCUUUUUCAGAAUCAAUAGAGCUAGUAAAAGAAUUAAAAGAAAAAUGCAGAGGGUUUUUCAAGCUUAAUUGUGAUCAUUUCUUUACAGGGGAAAUUGAUGAGGCGGUUGAGAUUAUUCAUAAAAUUAUCGAUCAGAAUUAA